AUGAAAGGUAGCAAGGAGCCGUUUUUUGUGAAAUUUGUAAAGUCUUCUGGGAACUUGCAGUAUUUUUUUAAAGCUCUUGAGUCUAUAAAAGAAUUUCAACCAGAAGAACACCUCCAGAUCCUUGAAGAAGAAGAAGCACUUAAAAUAAAAGAAGAUGAUAAAUCACUUUACAUUUGUGAUCCUUUUAGAGGUGUUGUUUUCAGUCAUCUCAGAAAGCUUGGUUGCAGGAUCGUUGGACCCCAGGUAGUCCUGUACUGUAUGGAGUCCCAGCGCUGUGUUCCAAGAGCGGAGUAUCCUGUGUACAACAUGACCAUGGCUGAUGUAACAGUGUCCUGUACCAGCCUUGAAAAAGACCUUAGGGAAGAAGUUCAUAACUAUGUGCAGAUGAUGGGUGGACGUGUGUACAGAGACCUCAAUGUGUCAGUAACUCAUCUUAUAGCUGGAGAAGUUGGCAGCAAGAAAUACUUAGUAGCUGCUUCUCUGAAAAAACCUAUUUUGCUUCCCUCUUGGGUUAAGAUGCUGUGGGAUAAGUCUCAGCAAAGCAUGCUGAGAUACACUGAGGUUAGCAUGGAAGACUACACCUGCCCUGUGUUCCUGGGCUGUACCAUUUGUGUAACUGGCUUAAGCACGUCAGACAGGAAAGAAGUCCAGCACCUCACUGCUGAGCAUGGAGGGCAAUACACAGGGCAGCUCAAGAUGAAUGAGUGUACUCACCUCAUAGUCCAGGAGCCAAAAGGCCGGAAGUACGAAUGUGCCAAAAAAUGGAAUGUGCAUUGUGUGUCUGUGCAGUGGUUUUCUGACAGCAUCCAGAAAGGCUACUGCCAGGAUGAGACAAUGUAUAGAAUAGAGGCUGGAACAAAACAGAGUAACAUGCCCAGUACAUCAACACCUACAAACCACGCCAGCAAGCUUGACAAUCAUACCCUUUCGGAUGUCAGCCACAUUUCCAAUAUGAGUUCCAGUGUUGUUAGUGACACUGCAUGUAGUUCUGCUAUGAGCAGCAGACUGGAUCCUCCUCCUGAUGAACUGGAAAACUUGGAUAUAAGUUUGUUUCAAGCCCCUGAAGAUCUGCUAGAUGGGUGUCGAAUUUAUCUGUGUGGCUUCAGUGGCAGAAAGCUGGACAAGAUGAGAAGGCUUAUCAAUUGUGGUGGAGGUGUUCGAUUUAAUCAACUUAAUGAAGAUGUUACCCAUGUCAUUUUAGGGGAGAAUAGUGAUGAGCUGAAACACUUUUUGGACAAGACAGCCCACAGGCCUCAUGUAGUGACAGCAAAAUGGUUGCUGCAGUCAUUUAGUAAAGGUUACCUACAUCCAGUGGAGCAAUUCAUCCCUCUAAACUAUCAGCUGUUGGAGAAUCCCAUUUUGGAGCAACCUGGAAUGAAAUCAGUUCUUCCAAAAAAUAACAGUCUCUUGAGGAAAGAAGCUGUGGAAAAUACAAAGCACCAGAAAGCUGCUGAAGAUGACUUCCUCUCUCAAUAUGUAAACAAUGACUUUACAUUAGAUGAAGUUGAUAAACUAACGUCCAGAACCUUCAGUGAUGUUACUCACUUGACUGUUCAAGGAGAGAAUCAAUCUUCCAUUGUUGAUGCUUCUUUGGGAGAGUCUUCAGCACUGGCUGAAGGAGGCUUGUUUGUCAGAAAGAGGUUUCUGCUGCUGGGUUUUGGUGAAGAGGAUGAGUCCUGCAUUGCAGAUACCAUAAAGGAGAAUGCUGGGAAAGUUCUGCCACUGCAAAGCAGAACCAUUGCAGACUAUGCUGUGGUACCUUUACUGGGGUGUGAGGUGAAGCAAACUGUUGGUGAUGUUGUCACAAAUACGUGGCUGGCAACAUGUGUGGAACAGCAGCUCCUUUUGGAUCCCCAGUCCAAUCCACUUUUCACACCAGUCCCAGUAAUGGAAGGAGUUACCCCUUUGGAAGGUUGUGUUCUCUCUUUCAGCCUGUUCACUGGUGCAGAGAGAGAUUCUCUGGUUUAUCUGGCAGGACUGCUAGGAGCUAGAGUCCAAGAGUUCUUUGUACGGAAAGCCAACGCGAAGAAGGGAAUGUUUGCCAGUACCCAUCUCGUGGUGAGGAGUCCAGAUGGUUCCAAGUACGAAGCUGCCAAGAAGUGGAAGCUGCCGGCAAUCACUGCAGCCUGGCUUCUGCAGUCUGCAAGAACUGGAAAAAGAGCAGAUGAAAGCAAGUUUUUGGUUGAAGAUGCAGCAGCUGAAGAUAAGGAAAUUUCCAUUACUCAGCUUAGCAAGACACCAGCAACUGUUAAAUCUCCUGAUUCAGAACAGCCUACAUAUCUCCUCAAAGCUGGAAAACAAACAGCUGUGACCCCUCUUGAUAUCAACAGGUUCCAGAGUAAAGCUUUCCAAGCUAUAAUCUCUCAUCAUAUUGGGAAGUCAACCCCUCUUGCACAAGGGGGACUGCCACAGAAAGAACCGUCUUUACAUCUUGAUACACCAUCAAAAUUUCUUUCCAAAGACAAGUUGUUCAAGCCUUCUUUUGAUGUAAAGGAUGCUCUGGCAGCUUUGGAAACUCCAGGAGGUCCUGAUCAAAAAACCAGGAAGCUGAGCACACCUCUUUCUGAAGUCAUCUGCAGAAACUUGAAACUGGCACUGGCAAACAGCACAAGGCAUACAGUAGCUCUUAGUGCCAGCCCUCAGCUGAGUGCUGCACAGCCAGAAGCGGAAGAAGAGCCCAAGCCUCUAGCUGAUGUUGUUAUAUAUGUUAGUAAAAAACUGAGCAAGAAGCAAAGUGAGCUGAAUGCCAUAGCAGCUUCUCUUGGGGCAGACUACAGAUGGUGCUUUGAUGAAACAGUAACACACUUCAUCUACAAGGGAGGACAGAAUGACAACAAUAAGGAGUACAAGUCUGUUAAAGAGCGGGGAGUCCAUAUUGUUUCUGAGCAUUGGCUGUUAGAGAGCGCCCAGGAAUAUAAACGGCUUCCUGAAUCUCUCUUUCCUCACACGUACAAUCCCAAAAUGAGCCUGGACAUCAGUGCAGUGCAAGAUGCCAGGCUCUCCUCCUCCAGUAAACUGCCGUCAACUGGAAGACCAGCAGAGGAAGAUGAGAUUAUACCAGUGGAUGAAGAUGAUGCUGAAAGUGAUGUAACUACUGACCAAAUAAAGGAAAGGGUGACUCCAGGGGAAGGACAUGUAACAAGAGAAUCAAAAGGAGUUUUAACUCAGGCACUAGAAAUGAGGGAGAGCUUCCAGAAGCAGCUGCAGGAGAUCAUGUCUGCCACAUCGCUAGUGAAAGCACAGGGGCAGAGGGGAUCCCUUUCCAGGAGCAGCUGUGAUGGCUCUCCAAGCACACCUGAUAGCACGCGCUCUGUGCGCAACGGCCGCAGCAGGGUCUUGGAAGCUCUCAGGCAAUCCCGUCAGGCCCUCACAGAUAUGAACACGGAGCCAUCCCAGAGUGAGCAGAUCAUCUGGGAUGAUCCUACUGCGAGGGAGGAGAGAGCAAGGCUUGUCAGCAACUUGCAGUGGCCCAACAGCCCUUCGCAGUAUACUGAGCAAGGCCACAGUAAUGCCAGUAAGAAUGUGGACGAGUCUGCCUUCAGAGGAUCUUUAGCUGAUGCGGAGAUGGCUGCUAUGGCUGUUCCUGAGGCUGGGCAUGAAGAUUUGAUUGAAGGUCUGAAGACUCCUGAACGUAGAGAUCCUGAAACACCGAUUAAAGAUCACUUGAUCCCCACUCCACAGGCCCCCAGUAUUGCUUUCCCACUGGCUAACCCUCCUGUGGCACCACAGCCCAAAGAGAAGGCAGUUCCAGAGGAUGAGCAGCCUGGGGAAGAACCAGAAACACACCGCAAAUUUCAGCUGUCUUCUCUUAAUCCUCAAGAAAGGUUUGACUACUGCCAUCUGAUUGAGGAGUUAGGUGGAAUAGUACUGGAGAAGCAGUGCUUUGAUCCCAGCUGCACACACAUUGUUGUGGGGCAUCCUCUUCGGAAUGAAAAGUUCCUGGCGUCGAUGGCAGCCGGGAAGUGGGUCCUUCAUCGCUCCUACCUGGAGGCAUGCAGAGGAGCUGGCUGCUUUGUUCAGGAAGAAGAUUAUGAGUGGGGAAGUAAUUCCAUACUUAAUGUUCUGCCUGGAAUCAACGUCAACCAGAAAAAACUAGCACUUGCAGCCAUGAGGUGGAGAAAAAGAAUUCAUAAAGGGAGACAAGAAAGUGGCAUUACUGAGGGAGCUUUCAGUGGUUGGAAAGUAAUCCUGAAUGUUGAUCAGACCAAGGAAGCAGGCUUUAGGCGCCUUCUUCAGUCAGGAGGAGCAAAGGUGUUUUCUGGUCACUCUGAGUCCCUCUUCCAAGAAGCGACUCAUCUCUUUGCUGACUUCAGCAAGCUGAAGCCAGAUGACGGCAGGGUGAACGUGGCAGAGGCAGCAGCCCAGGGAGUGAACUGCCUGAAACCAGAGUACAUCGCUGACUACCUCAUCCAGGAUCCACCUCCCACAGUGGAGUCUUACCGCUUGCCAGAGGCUGGCUCUUGCCUUCAGCAUCACACAGAACUUGCAGCAGGAUUAUCCCAGAAGAGAAAGGCACAGGGAGAAACAAGUGGAAUCAAGAGAUGCAGAAUACGCUGA